GUCAGCUAUUUAACUGCCCACUAUAGCUAUGCCUAUAACAGCAGCUUGAUGUGCAGACAUCAGCUGAUAAGUGUUGAUGCUGUGAAAAGCUUAACAAUUUCUGUACAUCAAACUGCUGCAGGGGGCACAAGACGAUUUUAGCUUUGAUAAGGUUAUGAAGAAUAUGCAGUCUGUUCUUGGUGGCAAGACUCCUGGGCUUUUCUAAUACUGCAGGAUUUGUUUGUGCUUUCCUUGCAACAGGUUUUCUAGCACAUUCAAGCUAGAUAUGAACCCCUUUGGGAAAACAACAGUGAAUUGAUGCUGCCUUCUACAGAGGGGAGCGGGGAACCGAUCUUUUUCGUUUAGUGAGAAUUGAUCGCCGGUAUUUAGCUGCGAAAGGCGUGUGCUUUUGGGAGGCGUCUGUGGAAAAUGUGACAAUGAAGAGACCCUGACUCCGCUCAAGACGACUGCAACCGCUGAAUUGGAGGGGAGGGCGAGAUGGGCUGAGGAGUGGGCAGAGCACACAGGCGCGAUGGCUGCAGCCUGGUGCGCCCACCCACGGUGAGUGACAGGUGACAGGCAGAGCCCCUAUAUAUGCUGCCGAGGGCACCCGUGCACAAUCCUCGCUGCCAUGGAAGACACGUUCAACCCGGACAGCCUUGCCGUCGGACCCAACUUAUCCGGCAUCGCGAUUCCCGGGUGGAACUUGAACCUUUCGUCCCACGGGGCUACUCUGGGGCAGCCUAGCGCGCGGACCCUGUCGGCGGGCGCGAUCCUGCUGCUGGCGCUGGUGGGCAACGGCUUGCUCUUGCACAGGCUGCGCUGCGGAGGUUGCUGCUGCGGAGCCCGCUUCGGACGGCGGCGCAAGAUGGAUUUCCUGCUGGCGCACUUGGCCAUCGCCGACCUCUACGGGUGCGGGCUGGUGCUGCUCUCCCAGCUUCCGCCGGCCGACGUGGAGCCGGGGCAAGCGGCGUGGCCUGCAGGGGACGCCACUUGCCGCCUCCUGUGGCUCCUGCAAGGCUCCGGGCUGCUGGCGCCCUCGCACAUGCUCGUCCUGAUCGCGAUCGAGCGACACCACAUGGUGACGGGCCCCGCGCACCCGCCGCUCUCUUUCUUGCCCGCCCGGGGCGCUUUGGCUGCGCUGGGCUGGCUGCUGGCGCUGCUGCUCGCCUUGCCGCAAGCCUUCGUCUAUCGGCUGGCGCCUCCCGAGGCCGGGGGCCGUUGCCUCAGCAUCUUCGCGCAGCGGCCCCGCUGGCACGGCCAGACCUACGCCGUGUACUGGGCUGUCGCGGGCUUCGUGGCGCCCGCCUGCCUCCUGGGCGGGACCUGCGGCCGCAUCCUCAGCGCGCUCGGCGGCGCACCCGGCGCCAAGGACGACUACGACGACGCCGAGCCGUCGCGGGGGGCAGCGGGCAGUGCGGAGCUUCCCGGCGCCUCCGCCGCUCCUCGCCCGCCUCCGCCGCUCUUGCUGCGGCUGCUGCCCGUCGCCAAGUGCGCGCUUCCCUCGCCGCCUGCGCCGCGGAGCCUGCCCCGCGCGCGGGCCCGGGCGCUGCAGCUAACGCUGGCGCUGGCCACGCUGUUCGCGCUCUGCGGCUUCCCGCGCUUUCUCCUGGAGCUCGCCUUGGCCUUCGCCUCCUCCGAGGGCGGCGACGAAGCGCGGGCGGCCCUGGGGAGCAUCAUGGCGGCCACCAACAGCGCCCUCAACCCCUACGUGUGCCUCUUGUUCCACAGCCACGGCCCGUGGGCGCGGCGCCUCCAGCGCAGGCUGUGCCGCUGCCCCGACGGGCAGCCCCGACGGCGGGCUCGCCACCGGCAUCGCCCGCCGCCGCCGCAAGCGGCUGUUGAGCGCCCUGGACGCUGGCUGUGCCCUUGCCAGACCAAGCCGCCCACCGUCUCCACGGUCGUCCACCUCGAGGAGGGAAGGAAGAAGCAGGAGAGAACAUAUGGAGAAUGAGAGCACAGGAAGGACGGUGAUUUAAAAAUACAAACUUCAAGAAGAGAGAGGGGGGGAAAUUAAGACAGUUGGAACAAGAAGGUAGGGGCUGAGAUUUGAUUAAGAGACUGUGUGACUCAUUCAUUAGUAAUGUUAAACUAAAGUCUCUAGUUAGAAUAUAGGGUUUGAACUAAAAGUACUAACUAUUUUCCAGGAGUGGAGAAAUCCCCAACUUCUUGGCAACCUUUCAGUGAUUCCUUCAUAAGAGCUCACCUAUUCAGAAGGCUUUGCCCUCACUCUAAAUUGACCCAACUUUCCCUCUGUAAUACUGUCAUGUCAAAUACAGUUAACUAGGAAGCAUGGCCAUCUUAUCAUGUUCACAGUGUGAUUCCCAAUUGGUUAGGAUCGCCCAUGUGACCGGCCCAGGAAGCAUCACCCUCACACUCAUUAAUUUUAUGCUGCUGCACUUCCAUAAAACUGUACCAUGUGCCUUCAGACAAUGCCAGGGUAAGCGAAUUAGCUUUGUUUCUCUCAGUAAAAUCAAAUUGGCUAUGCAAUAUUACAAGAUCAUCCUAUUUACUAAAUGACCCCUAUACAAAUGAAUACAUUUUUGUUCCUACAAACUUUCCCAGUUGGAUAAAUUGUUCUUUACUGUGGGUGUCUACUUUGCUAGGGUCUCAGUACUGUUUUUAAUGUACUUGCUGUUUUGGUGUUUUUAAGUGUUGUUAAUACUCUUAUGUGUAAAUGGUUGUUCAGAAGGCAAUGAAUAAAUCAAAGAUGAUGAUGAUAAUAGGUGGGAUAACUCAGGUCACUGAUCCAGGUAGCAAUGAUCCCAGUUUCACAUUGAUUUCUUGACCUCAGCGAUGUCACAUAGCUAAAUCUAACAAGUUUCUUAGUGUCUUGACAACAUUCAGGUCACUAUGCGGCCUAUGAUUAGUCUAGGAUUGCCUGUGUGAUUAGUCUAGGAAGAAGAAGCAGUACUCAGAAAUUUGGUGGGAAGGAAAUCAAGCUGCAGCAGACAGAACAACCAACAGCAACAAACAUGGCUGUAAAAAGGCAAAUAUUCCCACAAUUAAAAGGGUUUCUUUUC